GGUAGGUAAUAUAGUUCGUUUGUAAACCCAGUGGGUUUGAGGUUCCUUACCAGCUUCUCUCAGUAGAAUCAUUCCGAAUCGGUAGUCGAGUGAAGAAUUAUAGACAUGAAAUAAAUUUUAGAUGUUGAUAUGUCAGUCUGUCAGUCAACUUAAAUAGGUAAGUUCAUGACAUUGGUCUCAAGUUAACAGUCUUUAUUAUCAAGUCAAGAGAACAACAGACAUACAUUAUAACUUUGUAAUUACCUAUGAAUAUAGAUAAGAAAAUUGAUAUCAAAACUUAUUACAUUACAAUACAACACUUGUAUAAAGCUCAUCAAAGAAAGUCAUUGUAAUUCGUGUUUGUAUUGAGUAUGGACGUAUUCUCAAUUUGUUUUGUGGUUUUUACACUGAUGAGUGUAUGUCUCGCAAAAGUACCAAAAUACGAAUUAAAUGACGGCAGAGAAAUACCUGCUAUAGCGUUGGGAACUUACCUAGGAUAUGAUAAGAAUGGGGUAGUGAAAUCAAUAAACAAACAGCUCAGAAAUGUAAUAUUGCAAGCUAUAGACGUAGGAUACCGUCAUUUCGACACAGCGUCCAUUUACGACACCGAAGAGGAAAUUGGGGAGGCUAUUAGAAUGAAGAUUGACGAAGGAGCUGUGAGAAGAGAGGAUAUAUUUAUAACUACUAAGUUAUGGAAUACGCAUCACAGAAGGAACCAAGUCACAAAAGCAGUGAGGGAGUCCUUAACUAAAUUUGGCCUUGAUUUCAUAGAUUUGUACCUGAUGCAUUGGCCUAUAGGACUUAAUGAGGACUAUUCGUAUACCGAUGUGGACUAUUUGGAGACCUGGCGAGGAAUGGAAGACGCCCAUCAGCUCGGCUUAGUCAAGUCCAUUGGUCUGUCCAACUUCAAUAAGACACAGCUUGAGAGAGUCAUUACAAGAGGCAGUGUUAAACCAGCGGCAUUACAGAUUGAGAUACAUCCCCAAAUCCCGCAAACAGAGCUGGUGCGCUAUGCACAGUCGCAAGGGGUUGUGGUGAUGGGGUACAGCCCCUUUGGUUCACUGGUGAUGAGGUACGGGGUCCACUUCCCCGGCCUCGACGGUCCAACUCUGGGAGACAUAGCCGGGAAGUAUGGCAAGACUCCUGCGCAGGUCUUGCUGAGAUGGCUUGUGGAGAGAAACAUCAUACCAAUCCCAAAGACAGUGAAGUAUUCCCGUCUAAAAGAAAACAUCAACAUAUUCGACUUUCAGUUGACCCAAGAAGAUAUGCAGAAGAUAAACCAGUUCGAUGACGAAACCAGAUACACUAUGCCGUCGUUCUGGCAAACUCACCCUUAUUAUCCGUUCGAGAGGGUUGAUAAUCCUGUGCCUAACCCAUUUAGAAGAUCCUAAGUGAAGCACAAAAUAAUGAAUAAUGAGUACAGAAGAUAGAGUUUGAUGAUGAGACUAGAUUUACUGUGGCAAACCCACCCUUGUUACCAAUCGAGAAGGUCGAUAAUCCUGUGGCUAGCUCCAACUACCUACGGAGUUAGCCACAUGAUUAUCAUGGCAAUGUAUGACGUGAUUUCUAAUAUUACUCCGAAGAAAAUAUAAAAAAAUUAGACUUUAUACUUAGACCUAAGAAUUUUCACACCUUUAUUACCUGAUACCUCCCAAAGCCACCAUGAUCCAAACUUCAUAGGCGCUGAUUGUUCGUUUCUGUUGAGGUCAAUACGCAGAUAAACUUUCAGCUUUUAUAAAAUAACGAAGUUCUGCCUCUCACGGGCUCUCUUUCAAUAAGACUUAAUAAUAUGACCAUGAUUUAUGACUAUGACUUAUGACUACGUUGACUUUAUGACUUAUGACUAUGAUGACUUAUGACUUAUGACUGUGACUAUGAAAUAGAAUGCAUUUAAUUAUUUCAUGUAGGACAGCAUGUGCCAUUCAUGAUACAUGUCAAGACUCUACCACCGGUUCGUAAAGUAACUCUACUGAGAAGAGUCAGCAAGAAACUUAACAGUUGCUAUUCUUUUGACUCAUGACUAUGACUUAUUGAUUUUAUCUUAAAAUAUUUCCAGUGAAACGCAGAAAACAUGUAUAAAAUAUUAAUAAUUAUACUUAUGUAACUUUAUUACUGUAGCGCUAACUGCAAUAAAAUAAAUUAAGUA